AUGUAUAAGUUUAUACUUUUCCUUGGAAUAUGCUUAGCGUUCGCGUCAGGCAGUAAGCCGCCCGAAAAGUCUCCAGCGAAGCAUCCAGCGAGGCUGCCAGUAGCUGAUAAUAAGUGUCAGAAAAUUGUUGGUUGUUACUAUAUUAACAACGAAAAUGAGCAAGUAGAUCCAACACUAAACAUAGAGAUGAUUGAUGUGCAUAUUUGCACUCACUUAUUUUACAGUUCGGUUUCACUUAAAAAAAACGCUUCUAUAGAAUUGGAUGAUGCAUAUACAGAUGAAGGAGAGGGUGGUGGAUAUGAAAGGAUUAGUAAACUUAGUAAAAGAAACAAACGCUUCAAAACGUUAACCACCAUAGUGGAAUACGGAAUAUUGUUUGAUCCCAAGAUGCGAGGAAAACUUGUUGAUAAUAUUGUAGCCUUUCUGCAAAAAUAUAAAUUGAAUGGUAUCGAACUUAAAUCGCAAUAUCUAGCUGAAAAUAAUGCAGUUGCUUCCGAUAAGCAGAAUUUCGUUUUACUAUUGAAGGCGCUCAAAGAAAAUUUCGACAAACACGGUUUAAUUUUAGCUUUAUCGGUUGAUGGUUACGAAUCGACUGCCAACAAAUAUGAUAUUAAAGAAAUAUCAAAGUAUGUCAGCUUCAUAAUCUUGAAAGCAUUUGAUUUCCAUGGAAAUCCUGAUGUUACUGCGAAAAGACCGAAAGCUGGUCAUAUUGCUCCACUAUAUCAUUCAUCAAAAGAAAAUGCGGAAGAACGGAAAUUGAAUGUUGAUUACAUUGUGAAAUACUGGAUCACGAAAGGUGCACCACCAAACAAGUUAAUACUGGGAACUACUUUUAGCGGAAUUGACUAUACUUUAGUUAAUCCAAAAAUAGUGGGUAGGGACGCACCAGUUGUGGUAGAUCCAAAAUAUUCUAUACCGCCCACAAGCUAUUACUAUACUUGUCCAUGGGAAAAGAAUCGUGUGUGGACGACUUUGUGGGACAAAGAACAGCAAGUUCCAUACAUUUCCAAAAGGAAGGAAAUGAUUGCCUACGAAAAUGUUGCGUCCAUCAAGUUGAAGGCUGAAUAUGCUAAACGCAUGCAGCUUGGUGGGGUAUUUGCAGAUAGUAUAGAAGAAGAUGAUUUCAGCGGACACUGUGGAGGAGAGAAGUUUACACUUCUGAAGACUAUGAGCCGAGUUCUCAGAGACAAAUGUUAA